AUGACUAAUAACCAUGCCCAGGUUGGAGUACGCCUCAUCAACAGCAUCAAUCACAUUGGUAAGGACAAGGGCUUCAGUCCUGUGGUGAGUUUCCUGAAUGCCUCGUGGCCUGACAUGGAACGUUAUAAUCAACUCACCAACCAUAUGAAAGCAAUAGAUUGAGCACACACAAAUGACAUGUUUUGGGAGUAUUGAUAACAUGCAUGACUUGGAGAUCUACUGUCAUUAUCUUCAGAUUUUACAAUUGAGAGGUUCUGCAUGAGUGGUGGGGAAAUUGGCAAUUUAAAGGCUUACAUGACUAACCUUUACCUUUCAAAGGAUUCGGAGAAGGUACAGAAAGCCAUUGAGGAAGGGAAGACUGAAUAA